AUGGUUGGAUUCGUUCCUGCUCCUCCAAGUCCGAAACCACUUCACGGCCUCGGCUUACUCCAACUCGUUAGCUCUGUUCUGCUCGCCUCGGCGUACAUUGCGCUCUGUCUUCACAACCCAGUUGAAGCGCUGCAUGCCGCCCAAACACUACUUGGGAAUAGCUUGGCUCCAGGCUACCGUCAAUCGGAGACUUCAGGGCUUGAUGAGGUUAAAGACCUGUGUGACGUAGCAGACACUGGAUCCGGACCUGCUUACGCUACUUCUGUCAACUCUGCCACCAAUAUCGCAAGCGCCAUGCCAAAUACUAUGCAGUCGGCCAGCAUUGUGAGCAUCCCUGACCAUGGCUCUUGCUCUUCCCUGCUCAUCGUUACACCACCCGCUUAUCGAUAUCUUGCUAGAAUGUAUCUGGCUGACGCUCUUCUUUGGCUUGACAGGUAG